GUGAGGGCUGCAGCAUAUCCUCUCUCUGGUACGCUGACGGCUUCCCGGCUAUCCCAGGCUUCUCUGCUGCCGCUGGCCUUGCGCCCACCUUUGCUGCCCGGGACAAGCUGGGGCUUGGAGCGUCUCCUGCGUAAUCAGCUGCUUAUUUGGAAAGUGGGCAGGAGGUGCAUCUGGAUGCCAAUGUCACUGACUGGUCAUCAUACCAUGCAGAAGUAACAUGUUCCCAGCAUUGGAAACAGAGCUGAAGCAGGAGAGUCUCACUUGGUCACCCUUGGUAGAGUGUUUUUCAGAGAUGGGGUCUCACCUUGCUCAGUCUGGUCUUGAACUUCUGAGCUCUGGCAAUCCAACCACCUGGGCCUCGCAAGUGCUGGGAUUACAGGCUCAUCCUGAUCCCUAUGAAGACUUUAUGUACCAUCACCUUCGGUAUUAUGGCUACUUUAAAGGGCAGAGAGGCAGUUUACCAGACCCUGCUACACAUCAGCAUGUUUGGAAGAAUAAACCUCGAUACCUGGUGAAUAGCUCUUUGGGGGAAAGAGAUGAUUUUAUAUCAGACACCCUGCAAAAAGAGAAGCUUCUAUGGUCUACCUAUUUAUCUUCAACUGGGCACAAACAGAUAGAAGCUGUAAGCAGAGAUUCACUUAUGCUGAGUUCACCAAUUCUUAGAACCAGACAGCUUCUUUAUGAUGAGUUAGACAGAGUAUACCCACGUCUUCGAGAACCUCAAGAGCUCUUUGGCUUUUUCUCUACCAGCGGGCCACUGCAGGCUCCAAGAUGGCCAAUAGAAUGUGAGGUCAUCAAGGAAAACGUUCAUCAUAUUGUGCCCACAGAAGGUUCCUAUUUCACCAGUUCCAGAGUAGGAGGCAAACGAGGAAGUAUCAAGGAACUUGCUGUCACCUUGCAAGGACCAGAAGACAAUACCCUAUUGUUUGAAUCAAGGUUUGAGAGUGGGAAUCUACAAAAAGCUGUCAGAGUAGACACCUAUGAGUAUGAACUCACCUUGCGAACUGACCUCUACACAAACAAACAUACUCAAUGGUUUUAUUUUCGGGUUCAGAACACCAGAAAAGAUGCCACCUAUCGCUUCACCAUCAUCAACUUGCUAAAACCCAAGAGCCUUUAUACCAUAGGGAUGAAGCCACUCAUGUACUCCCAGUUGGAUGCCAACAUCCACAACAUUGGCUGGAGGAGAGAAGGAAAUGAAAUUAAGUACUAUAAAAACAACACAGAUGAUGGGCAACAGCCCUUCUACUGUCUCACGUGGACCAUUCGGUUUCCACAUGACCAGGACACUUGCUUCUUUGCACACUUCUACCCUUAUACAUACACCAAUUUGCAGUGCUACCUCCUGUCAGUGGCUAACAACCCCAUCCAGUCUCAGUUCUGCAAGCUCCGAACUUUAUGUAGGAGCCUAGCAGGAAAUACUGUCUACCUGCUCACCAUCACCAAUCCAUCCCAGACCCCUCAACAGGCAGCUGCAAAGAGAGCUGUGGUCUUGAGUGCUAGGGUCCACCCUGGGGAAAGUAAUGGCUCCUGGAUUAUGAAAGGCUUUCUGGACUUCAUCCUUAGCAAAUCCCCAGAUGCCCAGCUCCUCAGAGAUAUCUUUGUCUUCAAGGUGGUUCCCAUGUUAAAUCCAGAUGGUGUGAUUGUGGGAAAUUAUCGAUGUUCCUUGGCUGGAAGGGACUUGAACAGGCAUUAUAAAACCAUUCUCAAGGAGACUUUCCCUUGCAUUUGGUAUACCAGGAACAUGAUCAAAAGACUUCUUGAAGAAAGAGAGGUUCUUUUGUAUUGUGAUUUCCACGGCCACAGCCGUAAGAAUAAUAUCUUCUUGUAUGGCUGUAAUAGCAACAAUCGCAAGUAUUGGCUUCAUGAGCGAGUCUUUCCUUUAAUGUUAAGCAAAAAUGCACCAGAUAAGUUCUCCUUUCAUAGUUGUAAUUUUAAGGUCCAAAAGUGCAAAGAAGGAACAGGAAGAGUUGUGAUGUGGCGGAUGGGAAUCCUAAACAGCUACACUGUGGAGUCUACUUUUGGCGGGUCCACCCUGGGUAGUAAAAGAGACACCCACUUUACCACUGAAGAUUUGAAGUCCCUAGGUUAUCUUGUCUGUGACACUCUUCUUGAUUUCUGUGAUCCCGACCAAACCAAGUUUACUCAGUGUCUAGCAGAGCUUAAGGCACUCUUACAACAGGAAAUCCACAAGAAAUUCAAUGCACUUGGACAAGAUUUGGAUUUAGAAGGAAGUUGGAGUGACAUCUCUUUGUCUGACAUUGAAUCCAGCACCAGUGGUUCUGACAGCUCUCUUUCAGAUGGUCUUCCUGUUCACCUACUGAAUAUAGCAGAUGAGUUGAAUCAGAAGAAGAAGGUGCUUAAGAAGAAAAAAAAGAAGAAGCUGCUUCAAUCUAGGAAACAGCGAAAUGAGCAGUAUCAGAAAAAUAACUUCAUGCGGGAGUUAAAGUUAACAGAAGAUAACCCAGAAAGAGCAAGAUAUGCUUCUACUCUACAAAAGCAGCCUACCUUUUUGAAAAAUUCAGAAAAUUCCUGUUCUUCAACAAUGGAAAAUGAAAAACCGAGGUUGAAUGAGUUAAUUGGAAGAGACAAAGGCACUUCUCUGGACCCGUCAGUGACUACCCUGAUUCUGACUAAGAAUAAAGAGAAAAUGCAGAAUAAGAAACCAGGCUUUACAGUAUCAUGCACUCCAAAGAGAAGCACAAACUCAAGCCAAGAGCCAGUUCCAGGUAUGAAGCCAAACUGGCCUAGAAACAGAUAUCCUGCCACAAAAAGAGACCGUGCUACCCUGGUGGCAUACCCAUCCUUGCACAUAUACACAUAUCCAUAGGUGCUGUUGGGCUGUGCCACACGGCACUUCUUCAGGGUGUUUGGGGUUAGAUACACUCUGAAACAUGGGAAAGGUAUGAUUGGAAACCACAUACAUUCAUGGUAUACUGUGUUGUGCAUUCAACACACACUGAUCUUACACCAUGUACUUGAACCGUGUGCGUGUGCUCAAGAUGCAUACCUCAUGAACGUAACUAUUUUUUCACAAAAUGAAAUUUUAUUAUGAUGUAUAGAAAAGCUUCCUUUAUUAGAAACUGCAGUGUGUGCUCAUGGAACUACAGCAUGUAUUUUAACCAAUAGAUAUUCUCUCUAAAAUUAUGUACAAAUCAAUUUAAAAGAUAAAACUCUAUUUUCAACAUAUUCUGGAAGUGUUUUGGAAGAAUUUUUUAAAAACCUUGUGUCAGGGCUUUCUAGUGAUGAAUGAUCAGACUGUUGUGUAUCAGGUUUGCUCAAUAUGAGGUAUUCCCACAUAGUGAUAAUUCCUGUAUUACCCAGAAUUUAAUGUCUCAUAUAUUAUGCUCAACAAAGUCUUGUAACAUUUUUAACCUGAUGAU